UGAGGUCUGAAGCGAGGGGAUGCUGCUAUUGGGCGACGCGCGCAUCUUUCUCCAGGAGGGGGAGGGCCCCAGAUCUCCACCGCGGUACGGGAGCCGAGUGGGGACCGGGUGGUUUUCGCAGCAGCGCUGGGUCUCCGCCCGAGAGAGCACGGCGGCGGGGGUUGUGUUGGUCAACGAAGACGGAGCCAAGACGUGCGAGAGAUGGUGAAAAAGAAACAAAGAGACGCAAGUUUUUGCACUAAGCUUCGAUUACGCACAUGCUCGUUGACCUCACGGCAGGCUGCUUGCAGGCUUCGUUUUCGCUCCCGCAACCCAUUCUAGGUGGAAACCGGGGUUUUUUUUGGUUGCAAUGUCUUCGAUGGAGCAAGUUUGUUUUUUUAUCCUGCACAGAUGGGUGAUCUGAAACACUCCCACGUUUCACUGAUUCGGUGAAUUUGUAUUCCCUCCUAGGUAAAUCUGGAACAUUGCAUCACUGGGAUGCAGGCACGGUCGACCCUGUCUGGUCUGCGUGGGGGGAAACCCUACAAUGAAACCCGUCUCAGGGCACCGAGGCUUUGUGCUCUGCUGUAGCCCAGCAGCGGCGAGCCAAGAUUGAAUUAUUGACACCCGUUCAACAUGGGACAUGAAUGGUGAACGUGAUUCGGCAUCAUCGUUUUAUUAAUGCGAUUUCAAUGUGGCGCGGAGAUUGAGACCUUCCGAGCAUCUCUUGAUUAAACCCCCGGCAGCCAGGGCGCGAUGCGGGAGUAUAAAGUAGUGGUCCUGGGCAGCGGUGGGGUCGGGAAAUCCGCCCUCACGGUGCAGUUCGUCACCGGGACCUUCAUCGAGAAGUACGACCCCACCAUAGAGGACUUCUACCGCAAGGAGAUCGAGGUGGACUCGUCGCCCUCGGUGCUGGAGAUCCUGGACACCGCCGGGACGGAGCAGUUCGCCUCCAUGCGGGACCUCUACAUCAAGAACGGCCAGGGCUUCAUCCUGGUGUACAGCCUCGUCAACCAGCAGAGCUUCCAGGACAUCAAACCCAUGAGGGACCAGAUCAUCCGAGUGAAACGGUACGAGAAGGUGCCGGUGAUCCUGGUGGGGAACAAGGUGGACCUGGAGAGCGAGCGGGAGGUGUCGGCCAGCGAGGGGCAGGCCCUGGCUGAGGAGUGGGGCUGCCCCUUCAUGGAGACCUCGGCCAAGAGCAAGACCAUGGUGGACGAGCUGUUCGCCGAGAUCGUGCGGCAGAUGGACUACGCAGCCCAGCCGGACAAGGACGACCCCUGCUGCUCCUCCUGCAAUAUACAAUAGCCCCCCCCCUCACACACACACACACACACACACACACACACACACACACACACACACACACACACACACACACACACACACUCAUGCACAAACACACACACACUCAUGCACAAACACUUGAGUGUGUGAACUCGGAGGCUGAACUACGAACGACCAAAAACAGAAACACUGACUCACGGUUGAACCCUCUGGGUCUGAACUCUUUGGUGCAUACAAAAAAGUGAUUAUUAAUAUGAAUAAUAUGAAUCAUUAUGAUGAUGACGAUGAUGAUAAUAAUAGUAACGAUGACAUGUUAAUAAUGAAUAGAUUGUGAAUGAGUUUGUCGGGAGAGAAAUCAAACAACGCUAGAAGAAAAAAAUAAUAGAGUAAAACGUACACACGCCUUAUGUUGCUCUGAGUUGUUUUUGUUGAGGGGGGGCGGCUGUCAUCUAGAGCUGGGGGGGGGGUCAUUCAGAGAGAAGGGUCACAUGACGGAAUUACAUCAAGGUGACUCCGCAAUAAGCUAACGGAAACGCUUUCCUUGAAAAUCUUAAUCUUUUAAUGAUCUGUGAUGUUUUUUUUUUAUUUCGUUUUUCAUAAACGACACACACACACACACACACACACACACACACCAGUAGCGCGGUGGUGGCAGUGGGCGGGGUCCGUGUUUAAAACAUUGACGAGCCUUUGAUUUGUGCUCUCGGCUCCUUCAGCGUCUGCCAGCCUCCUCUGGCGGCAGAGAGGAGUGGGCGGUUUGGAACAAUCACACAGCGAGCCCAGGAGAGAUGUCAGCAGAGGGCCAUCCUUUAAUAGGGUUCUUUUGGUUGGAGUUCUCUUUCAUGUAAGAGUUUAGAGGAGACUAAAGCGAGGAGGAGGUGUCGGGGGGGAUUUCACAGCAGUGCGUUAUAUCGCCGUGGUUCUGCAGUGUUGGGACUCCAGUGGUGGGCAGAGAGAGAGAGAGAGUGGGACUCUUAUAUAUCACACAAGACAUGUUUUUAUUAUUUUUAGGGGGGAAAGCUGUGACAGCAGAUUUCUCGACAGAACCUUCUGGGGUUUCUACAGAAACAAUCUUCAGAACCGGCCGCCUUACUCUUAUUUUGAAGGAGCGUUGGCAUUCCCAUUAAGAGCCGCCGACUCCUGUCAUACUUUCAAUUUCGUUUCCCCUCCGGUUUUGCAGAAACAAGCGGGCUGCUAGGGUUUCUAACACCCCAGUCCUCAUUCAUGUAUUCAGAGUAUUCAAAUUGAGCCAAAUGAAACGAGGGUGAGAGCGAAAGGGGCAAAAACAAUAAGUGGUAGUGUACAUAUUUUCUAUUGAAAAGUGCCAGUUUGUGUGAAGACACAUUGACUCAGAACAUGUGGAUUCGUCAACUGUAUGCAUGGCUAGUUCAACAACAAAAAAUGAGUUUUUCUUGUUUGAGAUUAAUAUAGGCUGUGGAAACGUGCAAAGAACCAAACCCAACCCACGUAUGGCUCUUGACGCUGUCUGACCUGUCCAUCAUGUGGCCACCCUCCUUCUGACCUGUCCAUCAUGUUGCCCCCCCUCCCGAUCUACCAGUUCCAUCCUUGAUUUUCUAUUUUUUUAUGUGACCAUUUAAUCCUAAUCCCCCUCCCUCGAUAGAUGGUGACACUGUUUCAUUUGGCACCUAAACAAUAAAUAAAAGUGCGUUUAACACUCGA